AUGGCACCGACCGACGCCGAGGCUCUCAAGGCCUUGAACACUGUCAUCGAAACAGCCGCCACUCUCCUUCAGCAGCUCCAGACCGUCCUGGGCGGCAUCCAGAAGAACCAGAACCCCUCUAUCGAGACCAAGAAACCCGAGGCGUCGAAUGCGUCUGCUCCUCCGUCCGGCGUCGACGCCCUCGCUCUCGCCCGCGACUCGACUUCCCUGAUAAAGGCGCAUUCCACAAAGCUUUCCCUGCUCAUCAUCAACGAGCCCUUCACGCCGUCCGCCAUCUCGACCGUCGUCCGCGAACUCGUCACCGGGCCCAUCCCAGGCCUCGCCUCGUCCAUCGAGGUUUGCGACACAAACAUCUACACCAGUGUUCUCCGACGCGAGCUUGCCUGGAGGGCUCAGCGGGUCUUUGUUGAGCUCGGAGGACUGCUCCAGCGGGUUCCCAAGGACGGCAAGAUUGUCUCCGGCGACAAGAAGGAUUCGUUUGGGCCUGGCGGCAAGGGAAGCCUCGCAUCCACUGGUGUGCUAUGGUCUGCCUGUGACGAUGUUAUUGGGCUGGCCAAUAUGGGCGUCGGUGGCUUCUUUGUCAAGAAGGCCCAAGAGUGGAGGGACACGCUUAAGGAUGUUAUGGAGGAGAUGAAGGAGUGGGGAGACGAGGAGCCCGACGACGACGAUGAAGACGAUGUUGACGAUCUGGCUGAUAAACUGGGAGAGAGCUCCAUCUCUACUUCCAAGCAGGACAUGCUCGACGACCUCAUGAGCUCCCAACAAGCCAUCCCCCGCGACGACCCAGACGGUAUUAGACCCCGACUGGAAACGUCUCUCAAGCGCCUCCGCCUCAUCGUGCUCCUCUACCAAGCCAUUUCCAAGCGACGAUUCAAGAAGCUCCCGUCUUUCCCACCCACGGGCGCCACCUCCGACAUCCCCCAGCGCCUCGACAAGACGGCCAAGGCGCUCCAGCAGCUCCCGGACAAGUUCAGCGACCUAGCUACUACGUUCUAUGACAUGGACCCCGAGGAGAUUGACGAGGCAAUGACGCAGGCCUUUGCGGACGCUCACGGCGUAAGUGAGCUCCUGAGCAUGAACUGGGAUGGUUCACGGGACGAGUUUACAGAGUGGACGGAAAAAUUCCAGACCGAGAUCAAGAAAGCGUAG